AUGGAUCACGUCCCACACCUGGCAGGUUCAUGGCAUGGUCAUGCCCAAAUCGUAGACCAACCUUCUGAUUUAGUAGAUGGAGAAGCGAGUAUUGACGUACAAAUCUCCUCGGACGGUACAAAAAAUUCUGCAUCCCCGUCGUCGACGGUCGGCACCAGCAAGAAUAUCCUUGAUGUAGAGAAGGGAGCUACAACCAGUGUAGAAUCUACUGAGUACCGAUAUAUCGAUUUUGAAGAAGACGACCCUCGCAAUCCAAUGAACUUCACGCGUCGCAGAAAAUGGGCCAUUACACUCGUGGCCUCGACGUUCACCAUCCUCGCAUCCUCUGCGGCUGGAGCUUACAAUAUGGGGUUUCCGUCAAUGCUUCGCGAUUUAAAUUGCACGGAUUUUCAAGCAACAGUAGGUCUCGCGGUCUAUCCCCUUGGCUUCGGCAUCGUCCCGCUUGUGACAGCUUCAUGGAGCGAAGAAUUUGGCCGAAUGCCCUUGUACAUGGGUAGCGCAGUGGGAUUUUGUGCUAUGUUGCUGGGUACAGCCCUAGCGAAGAAUAUCCAAACCGUCAUAGUUAUGAGGUUCUUGCUAGGCGCGUUUGGGUCGACGGGUGCUACCAUGGUCGGUGGCACGAUUGCCGACGUUUGGGCUCCGCAUGAACGUGGUCUGCCCAUGGCUUUGUUCUCUGCCGCCGCCGUAGGAGGAACUGGCGUUGGUCCUAUUUUUGCCGGCUGGAUUGAAAUGAAUCCGCAUCUUGACUGGAGAUGGAUUCAGUGGGUACAGUUGAUCUACAGCGGGGCUUAUACUCUCAUCCUACCGUUCGUUGUUACCGAGACGCGAUCUGUCAUCCUCCUCAACCGCCUCGCAUCGAAGAAGCGCAAAGAAGCCAAGAAAAAUGGGGAUCCAGACUACCACAGAAUCCGUGCGAAGGUCGAUCGUCCACGAUUGGGGCAGCUAAUUUGGGUUUCCUGCACCAGGCCCAUAUAUUUGCUGUUCACGGAGCCAAUUGUGAUGGCCUUUAGUUUGUGGAUUGGCUUUGCUUGGGGUAUUAUCUAUGGCGUAAUCGAAUCCAUGGGUACUGUCUUCAAGACGCUUCAUAACUUUAAUCAAGGGCAGAUUGGGACAACGUUCGUCAGCAUGGUCAUCGGGACACUCUUCGGCUUUAUAACAAUUCGGUAUCAGGAGCGACUUUAUAAGAAACAUUAUCCGAAACAAGAUAUGGAGGCUCGACUUUAUACAGCAUGUUUCGCAGCAAUCUUGCUCCCGGCGGGCACUUUUAUAUACGCGUGGUGCUCUUUCCCAUGGGUGCACUGGAUUGGGUUGAUCAUUGGUAUCGUGAUCUUUGAAUGGGCGUCAUUCCUGAUUUACCACUCGGUGUUCACCUACCUCGCUGACUGCUACGGCCCAUUUGCAUCGUCUGCGCUGGCUGCGCAGAGCUUAUUCCGUACGCCCAUCUCUCCAUCGUUGCUUGUUUCCCAAACCCAGAUCUACGCUCUGUUCAGUCUGAUGAUUUAG